AUCAAAUAAAUCAGAAUAAUGUUCAAAACCAAAAUGAAUUUAAUCCGAAUUUGAACCAAAAUUCGAACUACCAGUUUCAACAAAGCAUAGAACUUGCACCGCCUUUGCAAUCCAGUCAAGAUUAUUAUUCCAAGCAAAAUUUAAUGCAGUCAAACGUCGGAAGUGGCGACAACAGAUAUACAACUCGAGCCGACGUCGUUCCUUUACCUCAAAGUUCUCAGCAGGUGAAUUUGACGCAAGAUGCGAAACUUGCGUCUGCGGUUAUCUCACAUGUUGGUAUUUUUAUGAUGAAGAGUGCAAGAGGAAAUCAAUCAAACGUUGUGGUUUCCCCAAUGUCCGUGGUAAAUAUGCUGGCUCUCCUGCAAGCUGGCGCCACGGGCGCGACUCAAGAACAGGUCUCAAAUGCAUUGAGAUUGUCUCCGGCGAAGUCAGCAGAAGCAUUUCAACUUAUGAACACACAGUUCCGGAAGCGAGGUACCGAACGAAACAUUUUGCGUACAGCGAGCAGUAUUUUCGCAGCAGAUUCAUUUGAGCUCAGUCGUGAUUUCAAGAAUUUCGCCAUUCAAAACUUUGGCAGCGAAGUAUCAAGAAUCAGCUUUGAUAACCCAAAUGCUGCUGCCCAGAAGAUAAACUCUUGGAUUGCUAGUAAGACAAACGACCAGAUCGACAGGCUGGUAUCACCAGAUUCCAUCGAUGUUAACACUCAACUCGUGCUUGCCAAUGCGAUAUACUUCAAGGGUAUAUGGGAGACCAUGUUCAAACCAUCAGAAACGUCACUACAAGACUUUAAUUUGAGCAAUGGAGGCAAAAAAUCUGUUCCGUUCAUGACGCUGCGAAGUGGCUUCAGGGCUGGUUUGGAUAAGGCUAAUAAAGCCAUUGUUAUCGUUUUACCUUUUGAGAACAAUGAAUAUUCUCUAGUGAUGUUGCUGCCCGUUCCUGGCGCCGACGUAUCCGCUGUGUUGACGUCGCUCGACGGUGAAACUCUAGCCAACUACCAGAACCUACGCCGCCAGGACGUUCUUCUCGAAAUACCAAAGUUCACUGUUCGUAGUAAUGCUAAUCUGCAACCGAUUUUCGCGACGAUGGGAAUCACAAAGAUGUUUUCUCCAACAUCGGAACUAAGCCACAUCGGCCUGUACCGCGCCACCUCGCCCCAAGUCUCCUCAGCAGUUCAUUCUGCCAUGAUGUCAAUAGACGAACGCGGCGCGACAGCCGCCGCAUCUACAGUGGUUGCAGUCGUAGCUUUGUCAUUCGACAACCCGUCCGUUGUGUUCAGGGCAGAUCGGCCGUUUUUAGCUGUGCUGUGGGAUAAUCAGCUAAACGUGCCUUUGUUCAUGACCAAGAUUGAAGACCCUUCACUGUAAAUUUACAUCUUGCCGACUUUGGUAACGUAAUUUUUAAAGUUAUGCUA